AUGGUUUUAUAUCUUCAAAACUCUCGAAACAAACCCCUUCAUGCAGCUAUUGCAGCAAAACAUCUUAUUGAUGAAGACAAUGUGAAAGCCAUUUUGGGAGGUCCUACAUGGGAAGAAGCUUCUGCCAUAGCUGAGGUUAUCAGUGAAGCUGAUCAAAAUGUCCCAGUCUUUCUCUCACUAGCUAGUACUACUAGACAGUUAACACAGAUGAAUGCAGUUGCUGCCAUUUUACAGUCAUGGGGUAUACCCCAAGUUACUCUCAUAUACGAAACUUCACAUCUAGCCUCAACAGCAUCGAUCAUUUCUGACCUCUCUCAGGCAUUUCGACAAACAGGUUCUGAGCUAAUCCAGAUCUUGCCACUAGCAUCUGGUUCAUCGUUCUUCGAUGAAGAGCUUGACGUGCUCAAGAAACAACAACGUCAAGUCUUUCUAAUUCAUACGUCUCUGCAACUCGGGAUGCGCCUCUUUCAAGCAGCCAAGAAGAUGGAGAUGACCGGAGACGGGUAUCUGUGGAUUGCAACUAAUAGAAUCACAGAUCUUUUUCAUUCCAUUAAUUCCACCAUGAUUUCUUCACUGAAAGGUGUAGUUGGAGUCAAAAGCUACUUCCCGGAAAAGACACCGGAUUUCCUAGAUUUCAGGAAAAGAUUCCGUCAAAAGUUCCGUUCCGAUUACUCAGAAGAAGAGCAGGACGAACCUGGAGUUUUUGCCAUGAAAAGACCAACCAAGCAGAUUCUAGUCGAAAUCGUUAACGUGAUCGGAAAGGGCUAUCACAGUGUGUACUGGACCGAAGGAUUAGGGUUUUCAGAGAACGUUGACGGUGACAUCAAUGGAGCAACCGCUUACUCCAAUUCUAUGGAUAGCGUGGGACAAGCUCUUUGGCCGGUGCAACCGUGGUAUGCUCAGAGAAGACGCCGGAAUCUCGCCGGAAGUUCAGAGCAUCGGAUGAGGGUCGGCGUUCCUGGUCGGUCUCUGUUUAAGCAAUUCGUGAAUGUGGAAUAUAAUCCCGAGAAGAAUCAAACAGUAAUCGGUGGAUUCGUAAUCGCUGUGUUUGAUGAAAUAAUGAGAGAAUUGAAUCUCUCAUACGAUUAUUUUCCAUUCAAUGGUUCUUACGAUAAACUGAUGAGAGAAAUACCUGCAAAGAAUGUUGACGCAAUAGCAGGCGACGUAACAAUUGUGUCGACCAGGCAUGAGUACUUGGAUUUCACACAACCUUAUACGGAAUCAGGGUUGGAGAUGAUUGUCCCCAUUCGAUCCAGAGUAUCUAACCGGCCAUGGUUGUUCAUGAAGCCUUUCAAUGCAACAAUGUGGUGGUUAAUUGCAGCAAUCACCCUUUACAACGGUUUCAUCAUUUGGUUAAUCGAGAGACCCCAUUGCAAACAUCUUCAAGGCUCCAUCAUAACCCAAAUCGGAAUUGUCAUUUGGCUUGCAUUCACCACACUCUUCACUUUGCGAGGGGACAGGUUGCAUAGCAAUUUGUCAAGAAUGGCGGCUGUCGUUUGGCUGUUUGUGGCGCUAAUCAUCACACAGAGCUACACGGCUAGCUUUGCGAGCAUGCUCACAGCUCAACGACUCGAACCCACCAUAACCAGUGUUGAGAUGCUCAGAAACAUGAAUGCAACCGUGGGGUACUGCAACGGGUCCUUUGUGAAUCACUACUUGGAAGAUGUUCUUGGUUUCAACAGCAUCAAAACCAACAGCUAUAAUUCAACUCAUCGAUACGCAGAAGCCCUAAACAGUGGUGAAAUCGCUGCCAUCUUUCUUGAAGUUCCGGCAGCCAAAGUCUUUCUAGCUCAGUAUUGCAAAAGCUUCGUCAGAACCGGAGAGACAUUCAAAGUUGGGGGUUUCGGAUUCGCAUUCCCGCGGGAUUUUCCUAGGCUUUCGGAUGCAAACAACGCAGUGAUUAGGGUAACAGAAAGUGGGAAACUGAAAGAACUUGAAGAUAAGUUUCUAAUAUCUGAGAAGUGUGUGGAUGACGAAUCUUUUCCUAAUGAAGAUGAGAGUCUUAGCCUUCGGAGCUUCUCCGUACUAUUUGAGUUAACAGGAGGAACAUCAACGGUUGCUCUUGUCGUGUACAUUGUCAUGAGGACUAGAGUAUUUAAAGAAUCUAUUCAGGGAUUCGUAAAUUUUUUCCAACUAAUAUCGGCAUUUAUGAAAGAACAACGACAUCAAAUGCGACAAUCAUCUAGAGUAGUUUCCGAUGCAGAAAACCCCACACGCCCUCCAGUAGUGGACAGUGGUUGA